AUGGGCCACGCGCCGGCCCCACUCCCUUCACCCACCGGCCGCUGCGCCCUAUUGGGCGGGCUGGCGCCCAUCGCCCGGCUCCGUCCGGCGCCCCCGCCCCUGCUCCCCUGCGCCCGUGUGCCGCUGCGAGCUCCCGCCCCUCGCGCGCGCGUCUGCGCCUUCCCGUGCCGCGGCCUCCUCCCCGCUCGGCCGUUCACGCCUCCCUGCCUCGCCCCGCUCCCGCAGGCUGCUACUGCACUACUCCGCCCGUGCGCGCACGCCCACGUCGAUGUGCCCUUGCCUGCCUCCGCGCCGUGCCCCGCGCCGCCCGGGCCUCGCCUCCGUGCCGCUUCUCUCCCGUACCGUGGCCAUCCCCAGCUCCCGCUACUACCGUGCCGCCCCGCCUCCACCGCUGCUUGCCGCCGCCUCCCUGCCGCCGGCCUCGCCCCGACUGGCCUCGGCUCCCCGCCGUCCGCUAGCGCGCCGUCGCCCCAGAACGAUUCCGCCACCGCCUGCCUGCCCCGCAUCGGUGGCGCUGCUGCGGCCUCGCUGGCCCGCGCGCCCGGCCCACAGCGCCUCCCUGCUCGCGCGCGACGCCGCUGGGUGCCGGUGCUCGUCCCGCGCAUCCUCAUCUAG